AUGGAUAGUGUAAAUCAAGUGCAAGACUUUGUCUCUCAUCUUCAAACCCCAGUGGUCUUACAAAGAAUUUCAAAUAUGAAUAAUCUCAAUAAAAAUUUGAUCAAUCAAAUUUUACAGAGAGCGAAUAAAAGAAAAGUUUUUACUGCUUAUCAUUUACUUAAAUCUAAAGUUUAUGAAGAAGGACUUUUAAUAAAUAUAACUGAUGGAUUUAUAAUCGGUAAAUCUACUCAAAUAUUAUGGGGAAGUUUUACACCUGCCGAAAAAAGUACAUUUACUACUUAUGCAAGUCAAAUUCGGUCCAGGAUUACUAUCUGA